AUGAACCGAACGGAUAAACAGGAUGAGGGGGAAGGAGGUGGUGCACCACGUCAGAGGUGCUUGGAUCUGAAGAUAGAGGUUCUGACUAUGGCCAGCGAUAGUCGCUCCUCCGAGAUAGCCAUGCGGUCCAGGGUUGGACGGACUUCCUCUGAUAUAGAACGACGAAAAGAUCAACAGUCGUACAAAGAUACGGUUAUAAUUGAAAGGAAGGUUAAAACAGGCGACACGCUCAACAAAAUAGCCAUACAGUACUCUGUAAAUGUUUCCGAUAUUAAACGAGUGAACAACCUUGUUAGCGACCAAGAUUUUGUAGCGUUAACGGUUGUAAAAAUCCCAGUCAGCCGGAUGAGGCAUGCGUUGGGUGUUGGAACUUCCUCUUCUGAAGACGAUGAGCACAUCAUAGAUAUCGAUGAUCGGACUCGCUUGAUGGAUCCCGACAGGCACUCAAGAGAUCCUAGCGUUGAAGAAAUUUUUAAUAAAACCGAUACUGCAAUAGCUCAAGUAAGAGAAGCGCUUCCCGAAGACGGUAUUCCUGGAUCGUUCCACUUCGUCGAUGCCCGCCCCCCGGAUUCUGUUUGCUCCGUCUGGCUUCUAGUUGCUGCAGUUGUGAUUAUAUUCAUGGUCGUACCUCUUGUCCUUACUUUUUACGAGGAAUCUGAGAAGGAGGAGCAUUCAUGA